AUGUCUGCAGGGCAGAUUGAUACCCUCCUUGAUCUCUGGGCAGCAACACUCAUCCAAUAUAACGAUUCCCCUCCAUUUUCCUCGCACCGUGACCUGUAUGACACCAUUGAUUCAACGCCGCUUGGCGACAUUGCUUGGGAGAGUUUUUCAAUGUUGUAUAAAGGAGUCAAGCCAGCGGAAAAUGUUCCACCAUGGAUGAAGGCGACAUAUGAAGUAUGGUUCCGUGAUCCUCGUCUUCUUAUUCACAACAUACUCGCCAAUCCUGACUUUGAUGGCGAGAUUGAAUAUACUCCGUACUGGGACUAUGACGACAAUAAUCAACGCUGCUUCAAAUUUUUUUUCUCUGGUGACUGGGCUUGGCAGCAAGCAGAUAAGAUUGCCGAGGAUCCAGAGAUGCAUGGAUCAACCUUCGUGCCUCUGAUUGUCGGAAGUGACAAGACUACGGUAUCGUGUUUGACGCGCACACCGCAACAGCCUUGUAUUGCCACCAAAGAAGAUGCUGAUGACGUUGACUUUCAAAACUUCCGCUGGCAAUUAUUUCACUCCUCUCUCGCCAAUAUAUUCAAGUCCUUAAAGAAAAACAUGACAACUCCUGACGUUGUUCACUGCCCUGACGGCCAUUAUCGACGAGUGAUAUAUGGGCUAGGACCGUAUAUAGCUGAUUAUCCAGAGCAAGUGUUACUCUCUGGGAUUGUAAUGGGUUGGUGUCUGAAGUGUUUGAAUAAUCAAAAUGCUCUUGAUGGCAAUGGAUUACUCCAGUGCCGAGAGCACACCGACUUGCUCGUUCAAGAGCUCCAGCACAAACAGUUGUGGUACGAGUACGGUAUUGUUGGAGAUGUCGUGCCAUUUACAAAUGAUUUUGCUCGUGCAGAUAUACAUGAGCUUCUUUUGCCGGACCUCCUACACCAAAUCAUCAAAGGUACCUUCAAGGAUCACCUUGUUGACUGGGUGGGAGAAUACCUAGAGCAUACACAUGGUAAAGCACGUGCAGCAGAGAUUCAGGAUGAUAUUGAUCAAAGGAUAGCUGCAGUCGCUCCUUUCGCAGCUCUUAUGAAGGUCUAUCUGCCUGCCAUCAGAGGCCAUGUUCCCCGAGACAUCAUUCACGCAUUCAGUGCCUUCCUGGACUUUUGCUACAUUGUCCGGCACGAGGCACUUAUGGAAGACGAUCUUGUGCAACUUCAAGAUGCGCUUGAUCGUUUCCACCAGUAUUGCGAAGUGUUCAAGACCACAGGAGUCAUUCAGUCUCUCAGUGACAACAACAACAACAACAACAACAACAACAACAACAACAACAACAACAACAACGUGCACAUCAUGCCUCAAGAGCCUCCGAUCCAAAUACGAGUCAAUGAACCGCAACACCAGACCACCGAGGGCAAAGCAGCUGACAUCGUUGAUGGACCAACUGUUGAAGCUCAUGUGGAGCUUGCCACAAAACCAAUAUUAGGUGGUGCAUGUGAUGUCCCUACUCUUGCUCUCGCUCUCGGGCUCCCUGAGUUUCCCACCAUGAUCCAACAGUUUCUGUACAACCAACUUCACCUUACCAACUGUGAGCAUGCCGUGUUUGACCCGGCCACAACCCCAGCUUUCAUGGGCCGCAUUUUAAUAUAUAGUUCAGCGGCUGCCUCAUUCUAUGCCCCCAGUGACCUCAGCGGCACUGGAGGCAUGCGACACGAGCACAUUCAGGCAAUAACCUCAUGGUGA